UUCCCUCCCUUCCCCUCCCCUUCCCUCCGAGGGGCGAGGAAGCUUAGUCCUGUGGUCGCCACGCGGCGCUUCAGGCCGGGAAGGAGAGAGGCUCGCGAGGGAGGAAGGCAGAGGGAGUUUUCCGGGUUGUGGUCCCCAGCGCCUCUUUCGUCCUUCUCCUCCCAGAGAUGGAGCUGUCCGGUCUGAGCGAGGCGGAGGCGGAGAGCGGGCGGCGGGAUGCCUGUGGGCGUCUGCACGAGACAGUGUCGCGGUGGGUGCUGCCGGAGGGGGCGCGAGCCUCGUACCUUGAGCGGGCCUCGUGCCUCCCGCCUCCGCUCUUCAUCCUCCUCGUCAGCGCCGCCGAGCUGGGCGUCUUCGCGUACUACGCGGUGCAGGAGCCCCAGGCCCAAUGGGUGACGCUGGAGAGCGGCAUCUGGGAAAGCCCCCUCACCUACCGCCCGGACCGGAGGAGCCAGGCCUGGCGCUUCCUCUCCUACAUGAUGCUCCACGCCGGCAUUGAGCACAUCUUGGGGAACCUGGUGCUGCAGCUUCUCCUGGGGAUCCCGCUGGAGCUGGUUCACAAGGGACAUCGGGUCGGGCUGGUCUACAUUGCAGGAGUGUUGGGAGGGUCCUUGGCCAGUUCAGUCUGUGACCCACUCCUGGGCCUCGUAGGAGCUUCAGGGGGAGUCUAUGCUCUGAUUGGAGGAUACUUCAUGAAUGUGCUGGUGAACUUCAGAGAAAUGAUCCCACUGUUUGGCGUUGCCAGGCUGCUCUUCAUCUUCGCCAUAGUGGGAACAGACGUGGGGUUUGCUCUGUACAGAAGGUUUCUCUCAGAUGCGGAUGGGUUGAAGGUAAAAGCAUGUCUUAWGGGACCGGACCAGACUGCGRGCCAUUCUUCUGCCAUUCUGCUGAAUAAAGCGGGUGCCCUUGUCUCCUUCCCUCCAGGCUUCUGGCRGCUGCCUCUCCUCCUCUUUGCUCAGAUGGGUUUGGACUCUCUUCCUUCUGYCGUYUCUCCAUCCCAGGCAGUAGCYACCAUCUGCCUCCUCUCUCUUCUYCCUUUCUSUUCUUCGAUGAGAUGAGGCUCCCCUCAGGCUGGACGGUGUCCCCUCCUCUGCCAGCCAUUGAGUCURUUAGGAGCACCAGGUGAUGGAGGGAAGGGAGAAAAAAGGAGGGUGGAUGGAAGGGGRCCCGAGGAAUACUUGGGAGGCAAGGCUGAGGCGGGAAGAUGAUCCCCAGGCUUCCGGGUGGCCCCGAGGGGAAGGGAGCAUGCCCAGUUCUGUCCCAGAAGAGCAAUUCCAUGUACCUAGCUGCCCCCCAUCGUCUGUCACCCACGUGAGCCCCUCACUGAGGGAAGGAAGGCACAAGGAUCCCCUGUGCCAAUGAGGCUGCUGUGUUCUCCUGAAGGCCUUUGGGUUGUAUGAACUGGCCUUUUGGGUUCCUGGCAGUGCUCCUCCAAAUAAGAGAGGGAGGAGGAACAACCUUCCGAGGGUUUGGCUUCUGGCUCUCUCAUUGAGAGUGAAGGGACAGGGACAGAAGCGUGUGUUGGGGGCACCACAUAUGCAUGGCCCAAUAGCCCCCCUCAUCCUCCUGCCAAACUCCUCCUCUGGGCCUGUCUCUCUGGCCCCUCUCUGCUCUGUCAGCAUGGAGCCCCCCUCCUUUGACUCUGCCUCCCUAGAGGCUCUUUCGGGCUGGUGCUCGGCUCCUGCCUGCCCUCUUCUUCUCUUCCUUAUUCUUGUGACUGCCUCUGGCUCCUCCUUGAGCCCAAACGAAUGGCACCAUUAAGUGCAUGUGUCAGGAUCAUAUUUGUGUUGUGUGUUUCUUCUCUCCAAAGGUUUCCUUUGUGGCCCACAUUGCUGGUGGACUGGCCGGGAUGUCCAUGGGAUAUGUCAUAUUCAGCUCCUUCGACAAGAA